AUGUUCUCUCGGGCUUUGGGUGUUGUCGCAUUGGCCCUCUGGGCCAAAGUAGCCAAUGCUGCAUUUGGACUCACAACUAACUCUGGCACCUAUGUUGUGGAUGCUGGAUCGACUAACCCACUAAAGUUUACCGUAUCCCGCACCAGUUGUGACAUCUCGUCGAUCAGUUUCUACGGAUCUGAGCUGCAGUACCAGUCGACUGGUUCGCACAUCGGAUCGGGUCUAGGAACUGCCACUGUCAGUGCGACACAAAGUGGCGAUUACAUCACGGUCACUUGCGCAACGGAUACCCUCACUCACUACUAUGUUGUUCACAGCGGCGAUCCAAUCAUCUAUAUGGCCACUUAUACGACUGCUGAACCAUCCGUCGGCGAGUUGCGAUACAUCGCCCGACUGAAUGCGGACCUACUCCCCAACGAAGAACCCUUCGGUGACGUGUCGAACAUCGCCGAUGGAACUGCCAUCGAAGGCUCGGAUGUGUAUCUCGUUGAUGGCGAAACCCGAAGCAAGUUCUACUCUAGCGAGCGUUUUAUCGAUGAUCAAAGACAUUGUGUUUCCGGCAGCGCCCACCGUGUCUGCAUGAUUAUUCCGCAAUACGAGACAUCGGCUGGUGGACCAUUCCACCGCGAUAUAAACACAAACAAUGUCGGCUCUUACACUGGGCUCUACUGGUACAUGAACUCCGGCCACGUCCAGACCGAAAGCUACCGUCAAGGUCUCCAUGGCCCCUACAUGAUGUACUUCAGUCGCAGCGGUACCCCCAGCACCAACAUCGACACUUCUUUCUUCGCCGACCUUGGUAUCAAGGGCUAUGUCGCAACCUCUGGACGAGGCUAUGUGUCCGGAACAGCCUCCGGUGCCAGUUCUUCAUUCGACUGGGUCAUCCACUGGUACAACGAUGCUGCACAAUAUUGGACCUACACUGCUUCUAGCGGGUCAUUUACCUCUCCCGCUAUGAAGCCUGGUACCUAUACCAUGGUCUACUACCAGGGAGAAUUUGCCGUCGCAACCUCCUCGGUGACUGUUACCGCCGGAUCAACCACCUCCAAGAGCAUCUCUGGAAAGGUGACGACCGGUACAACGAUUUUCAAGAUCGGAGACUGGGAUGGACAACCGACCGGGUUCCUCAACGCCGCCAAUCAACUUCGUAUGCACCCCUCCGACAGCCGCAUGUCAUCCUGGAGCCCCGGUACCUACACUGUCGGUAGCUCUACUACGUCCCAGUUCCCGAUGGCAAUCUUCAAAUCAGUGAAUUCGCCAAUUACAAUCAAGUUCACUGCGACGUCCUCUCAGACUGGUGCCGCUACCCUGAGAAUCGGUACUACCCUUUCAUUUGCCGGAGGUCGGCCCCAAGCUACGAUCAACAGCUACACCGGCAGUACUCCGUCCGCGCCCACCAACCUUGACUCGCGCGGCGUUACUCGCGGCGCUUACCGUGGUCUGGGUGAAGUUUAUGAUGUUACUAUUCCCAGUGGCACGAUUGUUGCUGGAACUAACACCAUUACCAUUAAUGUUGUUUCCGGAAGCUCGGGUGAUACUUAUCUGAGCCCCAACUUUAUUUUCGACUGCGUUGAGUUGUUCCAGUGA